CAAGCAUCGAAUCGUCACCAGAGUGGAGUUGAGGGCGAAGAUACAAGGACGGUGGUGGUGUGGUGUGGUGCCUGGGCGCUGAAUUCGUAAUAAGAUGUUCCAUGCUUCCUAGGCGUCGCCGUCUCUCUGCGUUUUUGUUCCUCGCCCGCGACUUACAACAAACAUACUUGCUCUUUCCCCGAUAUUAGGGUUUCCCUUUCCCUUUCCCUUUCCCUUUCCCCCAUGUACGGCGCUGUCCACAACCCCUUACCCAUCCCCGCCUCCCCCGAUACCGACGCCGGGGAAGACAACCUGAUCGCCCGUGCUUGCGCCCUCCCGCUGCCAAUGCAGAUGCAAGGACACCAAGGCGGCUCCAGUCAACUAACCCUCUCCUUCCAGGGAGAGGCCUUCGUCUUCGAUUCUGUCUCGCCGGAGAGGGUGCAGGCAGUGCUAUUACUGUUAGGAGGGCAUGAAGUACCAUCUGAUGCUGCUGACCUGAGAGCACCCCUGCUUCCAAAUUCUAGGGCUUCAAGUGAUGUUUCACGAUCCUCAAGUAACGCACGUAGGCAGAAAGCUAUGAUUAGGUACCGGGAGAAGCGAAAGAAUAUGAGCUUUGAAAAGAAAAUUAUAUACGAAGUUAGAAAGGAUGUUGCUUCCAGAAUGAAACGUCAUAAGGGCCAGUUUGCAUCAUCUAAAUCUAAGUUAGAUGAAGUAGCAUCGUGCUUGUCUGGGUGGGAUCCUUCACAGUACAAUGGCGAAGAUGCACAUCAAACCCAUUGUCAGCACUGUGGAAUCAGUAAAGAUUCUACCCCGAUGAUGCGGCGUGGACCCAGUGGACCAAAAUCUUUAUGCAAUGCUUGUGGGUUGACGUGGGCAAACAAGGGAACUCUUAGAAAUCUCCGUCAGUCUUCGUUCUGUGGGCCAGUGAGUCAAUCAGUUAGUACAAAUGAGCAGAGUGAUGCCAGUGAUUCUGAUGUGGCGAGCAAGAGCCAGAACCUGUUGGUUCCCGCUGCCCCAAAUGGUCAAAUGCCAGAGGUUAUUGGUGGGAUUGGGUUAAGCUGUCCGGGGUCGUUGGAGGAGGAUAAUGCCGGCCAGUUACAAUGGAUUACUGGUUUAGGAAAAGGGGCCUUUUGUUCAUAAGUUAACCAGCCAAAAGUAGUUAGCUUAGCUACCUUUAUAAAUUAUGGUUUUCCUCUCCAAAUCUUACAUGGUGUUUUACAGCAUGUAAAUUCUGCCCACCCCUUUAUAGAUGCACAGAAAAUUUAACUCGGAUAUUUGGUGUUUCUGUCAAUGCUUUUGUGUGAAUUGUUUCUUCA